AUGCAGCUGAUAGCAGAGGACGAUAGCUCCUGGGAUGAGGGCACAAUAGGAGAAGCACGCCAACGUGGGGGUUCGAGUGGUCGCCAGUGGUGGAGUGGAUUCAUGUUAGCUCCAGUGAAGGAACGAUCCUCUGCCUCGGCCCGUGCUGGAAGAGCCGGUAUCGACCCAACGGUCCUGGCUUUCGCUGAGUGGUUGUCUGAUCUCCGCUCGUUGAGUCAAGAGGACGAAAGGGCGACUGGUGCAGCAAUGAGACAGUGUGGGAGGGAGGCGAAGAUCCAACGUAACGCGGUCGACCUGCUCCGGCGGGACCUGAAUACACUCAGUAGCACAUGGCAGCAACAGUUCGAGGCGGCAUUCAAGGCACUGGAGGUGGCCAGUAAGGAUAUUACAACGCUGAAGAAGUCGCGGAACAAAUUCGAGGAUAGCGUGAGGCAGGAGAUGGCCUCUCUAGUGGGAAUAUUAUCAGGCAUGAACAGGGAGAUCAAAAUGCUGCGAGAAGAGCGUCACGAACAUGCUGCUAGCGUGAGUAAACAAGUGGACCAGCUGAGGACAGAACUCGCAGACCUCCGUCAAGAUCUAGAUGAACACUGCAAGGAGUGCAAGGGGAGGGAGGGAAGGCAGUCGCAGCAAGUGGGCGGAGAUGGCAGCAGCGAUAAUGCCCCGACCAGACAGAGAGCGGAAUCGCCAUUCAAGAAGGCGCUGCCCAUGCAGCGUUCCGAAGCCAGCCAGCGAUUGAUCAUCGACAGGUUUCCCGUCCCCAUUGGACUCCAACACGCCGAGAACGAGCCGAAUCAACCCCAACACUCCCAGAGCUACGAGGACCAGCUCUGCCCCAUGGGGUUUAGCAGCCCCGCUCGGUAG